GAAGAAGAAGAAGUGUGCACAGUUAGAGACAGACGAGUACUGCUAUGACUGACCGACAACAGGACACACCAGACACAGACCUGAACCCCCCUUUGGACCGUGGAGACGACAGCAGAGAAGACACAGAUAUGGACUCUGUGGACAAACAACAGGAUUCCGCUCCACAUGAAGAGGACUCGGAGUGUCCUGGCUGUCAGACUCGGGGUGUCGUGGUCCUGCCCUGUGGUCAUAAACUGUGUCCCACAUGCGUCAAACUGAGCCAGGGGGAACUGGGCCAGGCCGGGUGCACCAUCUGUUAUGGGUCCCAGUUAAUGGAUGCGGUCCUCCGCACUCUGCUGGACGCCCUGUUUCAGGACCAGCCCAGGAGGCGCUCGGCCACACACGGAGACACCGAGCAGAAGGUCAGAGGUCAAGAGGAUGGAGUCCAGACCGGCGACGCACAUGUGACCGUCGGGAGCGAGGAGUUGUGUGAGCAGCAUGUGGAGGUGUUGAGUGUGUUCUGUUUGGAGGAGGAGGAGCCGCUCUGCUGCCGAUGCCAGACAGAAGAACAUGAAGACCAUCAGAGCUGUUCCAUAGGAGAGGCAGUUCUCCACUGUAAGAGAGAGCUGCGAUCCACCAUCAGAAACCUUCAGGAGCGCUUCCAAACGUUAACCUCCAUCAGACAAACCUGGGAGGAUACAGCAGCACACAUCAAGAACCAGUCGGUACAAACAGCCCAGUUUCUGAGGGAGGAGUUUGAGAAGAUGCACCAGUUCCUGCGUGAUGAGGAAGCCGCUCUGAUGUCCAAGCUGAAACAGGAAGAAGACGAGAAGAGUCAGAGGAUGAGAGACAAGCUGGAUAAGAUCAGCGCUGACAUCCAAGCGCUGAACCGCAGUAUCAGAGGAACCCAGGAGGCCAUGGGAUUAGAAGACAUCCCAUUCCUCAAGAACUACAAGCAGACCUGUGAAAGAGCUCAGUGCACAACAGAUGAACCUGCAGAAGAAGCUGACACUUUGCUUGAUGUGGCCAAACUUCAGGGUUGUGUGCAACACCGAGUUUGGGACAAGAUGCAAAGGAUCAUCCAGUACUUUCCAGUGGUCUUGGACCCAAACACAUGUUCGGUGUGUCUGAGCGUGUCCUCUGACCUGGCCAGUGUGUUUGUGGGUGAGGAGCAGCAUCUUCCAGACAAUCCAGAGAGGUUCGUGAGCACCCAGAGCAUCCUGGGCUCUGAGAGCUUCACUUCAGGGAGACACAGCUGGGAGGUGGAAGUGGGAGACAACAGUCACUGGGCUGUGGGCGUGGCCAGGGAGACGGUCCACAGAAAAGCCUUGUCUAACGCUGACCUCAGCCCCAGCUCUGCCUCUGGCUCAGACACAGACCCUGAAGACAGCAUGUGGACACUGUCCCUCCACUCUGGAGAGUACUACAGCUCAUCCAGCCCAGGGACCCCCCUCAAACUGAGGCGCAGACCCUGUAGGGUCCGGAUUCAGCUGGACUGGGAGAGAGGCUGUCUGACUUUCUCCGAUGCCAAUGAUAAUACUUUGAUCUGUCGUUUUAAAAAGCAGUGGAGUGGCCCGCUCAAACCCUACUUCUCGACUACUUGUUCCAAACAUCCACUGAAAAUCGCAGCCGGGAGAGUUACCGUUACUGCCGAGUAGGCUCACAUGUGUUAUUAAAAGGUGGUGGUGGGUAAAAGCCGCUCAUCACCCACUAAUGCCGCCUUUCCACUACAUGGUACUGGCUCGACUCAACUCGGCCUUUUUGCGUUUCCAUUACAAAGAAGGACCUGGAAUCUGGUACCCGGUACUAGUUUUUUGG